UUCUCCGUUUACUUGACUUACGAAGACUUUGGCCUCGUUUGUUUCUCCGUCUGAGAUUUGAAUCGGCGAAAAAAUGUUUAUUUUGCAGUUUGGUAACACGGUUUCUUCAAAAUAAUUUCCAGUGAACCUCCAUAUUCUGCUGAUUGGAUAAAAAAAAUUUCCAUUUGCCGGUCUGAAAGCUUCUCAAAAAACAGAAAUAGGGCCCGCAAAUCAAACGAGGCCUUAAAAGCUCCGUUAAAAACAAGAAAACAGAGCCGGGAAUCAAACUAGGCCUUUCAGUCGUAGCUUCGUUUUCUCUCUCUCUCUCUCUCUCUCUCUCUCUCUCUCAGUUAUUAGAGACUAUCUAAUCUUCAUCUCUUCCAAUCAAUUUCCGAUUCUCCUACCAUUCAGUUGUUCUGCUCUCUCUACCUUGAUCAUUGGGGCAAUGGCGGAAUGGUUUGUUGGUCCAAUCAUGGACAAGAUCAUCAACACUUGCUCUGAUUACCUUGAAGAUUACAGUAAAGAUUACUUUAAAGAUUACCUUAAAGAUCAAUUCAGAAGGCAGACAGGCAUGAAGGAGGAUCUUGAAAGGCUGCGAGAGAACCACCCCAAGAUCCAAGCUGUCGUCUUUGCCGCGCUAACCAAGCACAAAUUAGUGAUCAGAACCACCCUAUCAACAAAUGGAUAUGACAGCUGCGAGAUGCUAUUGAUGAGGCAGAUGAUGUGAUCGAUGAGUUGGAGUACAUGAAGCAUAAAGAGCAGCUGACCAAAAACACGGAAGAAACAAAGAAAAGAAAGUUCACGAGUUUCCUAUAUGAAAUUCCUUGUAAAAUUCUCAAAAUUGGCGAGCGUGUUAUCAAAAGAGAUCCCAACUUGAAGCGACUAGAGGAGGCUGUGCAGAAACUUGAUAAAGUUUCAGCUGAUGUUACUACUUUCCUUCGUCUUUUAGACAGCGUGAAGCAGGAACAGAAGGAGCAGGAGGUUGAUUUCUACAAAGCACGUGAAACAGGAUCCUUGCCAACUACAAAUGAUCUCAUUGGGCGGGGCUAGGAUAAGGAGUCUGUUGAGCGGUGAUUGAGGAAGC